GUGGGGCAGAGGCCCAGGACCCUGCCAAGGGUGGGGAUAACCACCUGGGCGUGCUCUGGGGAAUGGUAGUUGAUGCUGGUCCCAGGGAGAGGAGCUAAGGGGGUCCUGGCUCCCUGAGGGGAGGGCCCAGGAACAGCUAAUGGAAGGAGGCAGAGUCAGGGUUCUGGGAGGAGGACAGUCUAGCUCCUGGGGGCCAUUGCUAGGGAAGCUUUGAGGAGUGAAGCUGGGGUCUCCAUGAGGUGUUGGGGCUGAAGUCCCUGGAAGGAGUGGGGUUUCAGGCCUGGAAUUUGGGUCCCUCAGGGCAGGGCCCUGGGAAGCCUGAGCAAGGGGGUGGGGCUCAGCAGCUGGGAGUGCCACUGAGCUCACCAGGGGAGGCUGGGAUUUGUGGUCGUUGGGAGGAAAGUCUGUGGUCUCUGAGAGGACAAGUUCCAGCCGGGAUGUGGGGGCUCUAGGGGUAAUGGUGCAGGGAGUCUGCUGCCAGCAUCUUGGCAGCAGGGGCAGUGUGGUGUGCUGGGGUCCUUGUGAGGAGCUGGGGCUACCUCCAGGGUUGCUAUUAGGAGUGGACGCCUGUCUUGGGGUACUUUGAGGAAUAGGGGCAGAGCGUUUCAGGGCUUCCUGUGAAGGGUAAGGCCUGAGGAGAGAAGGAGCAGGCAGCCUGUCUGCAGAAUCUCUGUGGGGAACAGGGUAGGCAGCCUGUCCCUAGGAGUAGGAGUUGGGGGAAGCUGAGGGGAUAAGGCUGGGACCAGCCUCUGGAGAACCUGUGAGCAGUAAGGACUGAUGGACCUGCCCUUUGGGGUUUGGGGGGGCCUGAGCUCCUGGUGUGUAGGAGGGGAACUCCAAAGGAGGGGCCUCCCACAGGCAAAGGGGGCUAAGGGAGGGAGCAGUGAGGACUUCCUGGGAGACUUCCUGGAGCAGCUUUGGGUCAAUCAUUGACCUCAUGUCCAGAAAGCCUUGGCAGGACAGAGUCCAGAGCACCUGGGGAGAACAGACCCCACCCCUUCUCACAUUCUUGCCCAGCCUUCUGCCCUCCCUCCUCAGUGCCCACAUGGGACCCUGGCUGCCUGGCCCCACCUCCUCCCUGUGUGUACUCAGGGAGGACCAGGAACAGGAUGCGGCCACAAUCUCAACUGCCAGGCUCAGGUGUCACCCUGACUGCUCUCUCAAAGACUGGCAGUGGCCUGAGGUCCCUUUGGGUGGGAGUCUCCAGGGGCCCCCACCCUCUCCAGGCUCUGCAGGAGGUGUUGCCUUUGGCUCCCAUUUAUUUCUCCAUAUCCACAGGCCAGAGGGUGGACAUAGGGCCAGGAGCAGGGAAACCAGUCAGAUAUGAUCCCUCCUUUCGAGGCCCCAUCAAGAACAGGGGCUGCACAGAUAUCAUAUGCUGUGUCCUCUUCUUUCUCUUCAUUCUGGGUUACAUCGUGGUGGGGCUCGUAGCCUGGCUGUAUGGAGAUCCCCAGCAAGUUCUCUACCCCAGGAACUCUACCGGGGCCUACUGCGGGGUGGGGGCAAACAAAGAUAAACCGUAUCUCCUAUACUUCAACAUCUUCAGCUGCAUCCUGGCCACCAACAUCAUCACAGUUGCCACAAAUGGCCUACAGUGCCCCACACCCCAGGUGUGUGUGUCCUCCUGCCCAGAGGCCGCAUGGACCGUGCAAGUGGACCAGUACUCACAGCUGGUCGGGGAGGUCUUCUACGCUGAAAAUAGGAACUUCUGUCAACCAGGGGUGCCCUGGGAUAUGCCUAUCCUCCAAAGCCUGAAACAGGAACUCUGUCCCAGCUUUCUCCUCCCUUCCACUCCAGUUCUGGGGCGUUGUUUUCCAUGGUCCAACAGCACUCCACCUGAGCUCUCAGGGAUCACCGGCAACACCUCCCAGGGGAUCAGUGGUCUUCUUGAUAGUCUCAAUUCCCGUGAUGUCAGUGUGAAGAUCUUUGAGGAUUUUGCCCAAUCCUGGUAUUGGAUACUUGUUGCCCUAGGUGUGGCUCUGGUCCUGAGCCUGCUGUUUAUCCUGCUUCUGCGCCUGGUGGCUGGACCCCUGGUGCUGGGGCUGAUCCUGGGGGUGCUGGGAGUGUUAGCAUAUGGCAUCUACCACUGCUGGAGGGAAUACCAAGUGCUGCGGGACAAGGGGGCCACCAUCACCCAGCUGCAAUUCAUGACUAACCUCAGCGCCUAUGGCAGCGUUCAGGAGACCUGGCUGGCAGCCUUGAUUGUGCUGGCUGUGCUUGAAGGCAUCCUGCUACUGGUGCUCAUCUUCCUGCGGCAGCGGAUUCGCAUCGCCAUUGCCCUCCUGAAGGAGGCCAGCAAGGCUGUGGGACACAUGAUGUCUACCAUGUUCUAUCCACUGGUCACCUUUGUCCUCUUGCUUAUCUGCAUUGCCUACUGGGCCAUGACCGCUCUGUACCUGGCCACAUCGGGACAGCCCCAGUAUGUCUUCUGGGCGCCAAACGACAGCCUGCCCAAGUGUACAAAAGCGCCAGUGAAUAAGUCAUGUGACCCCACGGCCCAGCCCGUGAACUCCUCAUGCCCAGGGCUGAUGUGCAUCUUCCAGGACUACACGUCCAGAGGCCUGGUACAACGCACUCUCUUCAACUUGCAAAUCUACGGGAUCCUGGGGCUAUUCUGGACCCUCAACUGGGUACUGGCCCUAGGCCAGUGUGUCCUGGCUGGGGCCUUUGCCUCCUUCUACUGGGCUUUAAACAAGCCCAAGGAUAUCCCCUCCUUCCCCCUGAGCUCUGCCUUCAUCCGCACACUCCGUUACCACUCUGGGUCACUAGCCUUUGGAGCCCUCAUCCUGACCCUUGUGCAGAUAGCCAGGAUCAUCUUGGAGUACAUUGACCACAAACUGAGAGGAGCCCAGAAUCCUGUAACCCGCUGCCUCAUGUGCUGCUUCAAGUGCUGCCUCUGGUGUCUGGAGAAAUUUAUCAAGUUCCUGAAUCGCAAUGCAUACAUAAUGAUUGCCAUCUAUGGAAAGAAUUUCUGCAUCUCAGCCAAAAACGCCUUCAUGCUGCUCAUGCGAAAUAUUAUCAGGGUGGUUGUCCUGGACAAAGUCACAGAUCUGCUGCUGUUCUUUGGGAAACUGCUGGUGGUUGGAUGUGUCGGGGUCUCGUCCUUCUUUUUUUUCACUGGUCGCAUCCAGGGCCUGGGUAAAGACUUUGAGAACCCCCAACUCAACUAUUACUGGCUGCCCAUCAUGACCUCCAUCCUGGGGGCCUACGUCAUCGCCAGUGGCUUCUUCAGCGUUUUUGGCAUGUGCGUGGACACACUCUUCCUCUGUUUCUUGGAAGACCUGGAGCGGAACGACGGCUCCCUGGACCGGCCCUACUACAUGUCCAAGUCCCUGCUGAAGAUUCUGGGCAAGAAGAAUGAGGCGCCUCCGGGAAACGAAAAGAGGAAGAAGUGAAACCCGCAGCCUUGACCCAGGGCUGCACCCCGCCUGUACAGCCUCCCCGCCCCACCCCGACUUCCAGAUCUCGGUUUUGUGUUAAAAUAGUUUUAUUAAAGAUUGAUACCUUAUUUCCCCAAAA